CUUGAAUCGAAUUUCACUGAUCAUCCGACUUCGGUAUCGAAGACUUAAUUCUGGUUUAACAAAGUGUUUGAAAAAAAGCCACUAUGCAUUUUAUAAGUGCUGUUAUCCUUUGUGCGUUGUACUUCGUAACAGUGACACAGAGUAUCGGACUCCUUAAAGUUCAAAUUAAACAUAUUGUUGCGGUAUUCAGUGGUUACAAAGAUUGUAAAAACGAAAUUCCCAUGAAAGAAGUUUUGGACAUGACAAAAAUGAUGGGCGUAAAAAAUAUGACUUUUGAAUUUAAAAAAGAUAUGAACAACAAUCAAAAUCUACAAGAUCUUUUGGUAUUUCUGGCCAAUAGCGAAAAAAAAACUGACAGAUGGACGUUCCGAAUGUUAACAUCUUUCGAAGUACAACUAUUAGUUAGCCUGUUCGAGGCACGCGACCGAAUGGGCAAUAACGAUGGUCUACUUGAGUACAGCGAAGUAUUACAAGUCAUUGAUGCUUUAGUGCUAGAAAGUAAAGUCAGAAUGCUUUUAAAAGCAGAAUUUCAAGAAGGUGAUGAAACAAUUAACGCAGUGGAGUUCUUAAAUGGGUAUUUGGCUGCAAAAAGAAGUGGCAAAGGGUUAGACAAGAAACAGAUUGAUGAGCUGAUCAAAAUUAAAGAUCACAAAAAAGUUGGCGAACGACUUGAUCCCGUUGAAAUAAAACAAUUUUUCAUUAAUUUAUCUCUAGUUAAAGAUGAGUACAAAAGCCAUUUGGAUUUUAAGACCACUCGAACGGUUCAAUUAGUGUUACAAGAGCUAGUGGUUAAUUCAUCAGAAUACUACUACAGACACAUUAAUGAAGUGACUAAUAUUAAUAAUUUCAAUACGAUUAACUUUUAUAUGCUUUUAUGAGGACGCAGCCGCCUAUUUAUUAUAAGAGCUGGAAACGUAUCUC